AUGGCGGAUGAAGAAGAAGAACAGCAAACUCUGAUCUACGAAUCAAGAAAAACCAAAGUGGUGUCACCAAAAGAUGGGGACUCCUCCAAAUCCAGAGUGAGAAUCGCUAGGUUUCUCAAACCCUGCGCAAAGCAAAUCAACCAAGCAAUCCCUGUUCCAAACACUCCUCUCUUGUCUGAAAUCUUUCCUCACAGUCUUCAACAAUGGCCCUCAAAAGUCCUCUUCAGAGCCUGGAAACAACCCCAGAGAAGAUGGAAGGAAUGGGUCGAAAAAUUAGCUGAAAAACAUGGCGCCAUUUGGAACCAAACUGGUAUUUGCGAUGCUAUCAUGAGUUCUAUAUACGAAGUUCGCUGCAACCCUGAUUUGGUUCUUGGGUUGUGUGAGUUUUGGUGUUCUGAGACUAACUCGUUUGUGUUUCCAUGGGGCGAAUCCACGAUUACCCUUGAAGAUUUGAUGGUUCUUGGUGGAUACCCAGUUCUUGGAGAGCCUGUUACGAGUCCUCUUGAUGAGGAAUUGGUGAAAAUUGAGAGAGAAUUGGAAAAACAGAGAAGCCAAAUGUUGAAAAGCAAGGCAAAGAAAGCAGAUCACUCUAGUUGGAUCAAGCAUUUCAUGGUUGAACAGCAUGAGUUUGAGCAUGUUGCAUUUCUGUCACUGUGGUUGUCAAGGUUUGUCUUCCCUUCAAUUGCUGAAGAAACCAUUGGAAAACAUGUUUUCGCCAUUGCGAUUCAUUUGUCUAGAGGAACACCAAUGGCACUUGGCCCUGCUGUUCUUGGGAGUCUUUAUCGAGACUUGAGAUUGUUGAAGCAACAAACUAUCGAUUCCAUGGAGUUAAUUGUUGUUAAAGGACCAUUCCAACUAGUGCAGCUUUGGGCAUUUGAACAUUUUCCACUUAUGGGUCCUAAUUCCCCCAAUUCACUCCUUCCUGGUGAGCCUAGAGUUGCGCGGUGGCACAAACUGAGCUUGAAAAUUAACCUGCCCCUUGUUCGAUCAGCUCUGCAACUUCCAGAAAAUUUUAAGUGGCGGCCUUACGCUUCUAAUUUGGAAAAUUGGCGCCAUCCGGUAUAUUAUGAAGAAACUGAACAAUGGUUAUCUACUGAUUCUAGUUUGGAGUUGGAGUUGCGGUCUUUCUUCAAAUGCUUGCAGGCUUCUGAGCUGAUUGGUGUAGAUUGUAAAGAGAAGUAUCUACCACACCGUGUGGCAAUGCAGUUUGGGAUGGAUCAAGAUCUUCAUGCUGAUCCUUGUGGAUUAAAUUUCAUUGGUGAACAUGUUGGCUUCUUUGUCCCACCAAGGUCCUUCCAGCCAGGUGUUUCGGAGAGAUAUAUCAAGUGGUGGAAGGAUAUGAUGCUUACUCGAAAUGGCGCAAUCAAAGAUGUUUUGGUGGAAAAAAGAUAUGCCAAGAUCUCUAAAGAUUUGUUACCCCUUGAGGCAAACAGGAAUGGGGAAGAUUGUCAUGGCUCGGUUGCAUCGGGGAAUCAAGUUAAUCCUAUGUCAGUGUCACAACCUUCAACAAAAUCUAGCAGUGAAGGUGGCCUUUCUUCAAUAAUUCCUGAAUUCCCUUCCAAGAGCAAGAUGCAAAGAUUUGUUGGAAUUGAAGAGCAGGAUUGGCCAACAAUGAACCCCAAAAUAUCAUCUUCUGUUCAGGCAAAAAAGAUCAAGGGCAGUUGCCAAGUCUCAAUCGCAUCGAAGAUUCCAAAGAGUGGUAGUAAAUUACCUCAAGUUUCAACAAAAUCAAACAAGGAACACAUUCACGAGUCAGUCACUCCAUCCAUUCCUUCUGGGAUAAACAAGGGGAUAUCUUAUGAUUCAAGCGAUGAAGACCAUAUUCCAUUAUCAAUGCGUUUGAAACAUAAUUACAGUGAUUCAAAAAGUACCAGUAGUUCACAUCAAACCUUUUCACACUACCAAUCCCGAAGUGUUGCUUCUUCAACUUCAAAAGUUGCCAAUUGUAAUAGCAGAAAAAGAAAGUUGGGUACCACAACAAAAGGGGGUGAAGUAACCACGAAACGCACUAGUGGUGUUGCUGAAGAAGUGGAGGUAAAGGCUGGUAAACGUAAAUCUACCAAUGGGACAAAUGGUACUGCUAGAGAAGUGAAAACAGAGGUUGGAUGUGUCAAUGGGUUGAUAGAUAUUGAUGAACCGAUUGAGAUGAAGCAAUAUAGCAAAGAAGGCAGAGAAUCACCGAAAGGUGUGGCUGAAGUAGGGAAGCAAAGAAAGACUGGAGAGUCUAUUGGUGACCCUAUAGAUCUUGACCACUACAAGGACAUUACUACAGGCAGAUUUCAGAAAGUUGGAAAGGAUCUAGAACAGAGGGUUGAGAAGCUGGAGAAAAUGUUGGGCUUAAACCCGGAUUGA